AAUCAAACCAGUCAACGAAAGGGUGACAGGGGAACUCUACCCACUUUUAGAUUAAUUGAUAAAGACAUCAUUGAUAGAUACCCAGUCAGUCGUACUUGCAGCCUCAAGAUGGAAGACUUUAAUCUGAGAGAAACACUUGAAAAUUAUAUUCCCGAGCCUGAAUUGCAAAAAACAUUGGCUGUUCUAUAUGGAGAACACUGCAGCAAGACCAACAUUAUACAUGACGAGGCCAAUUUCGAGAUCCAAAAGUGCUCUCUGGUGGCCAUUGCUCGAGAGGAAUCCACGAAUCCCCGGAGGAUAGUCCGGGUGGGAUUAAUUCAACAUUCAAUAGUCCUUCCCACAGAUGCACCAAUUCAAGACCAAAGAAAUGCCAUUCACAGUAAAAUUGAGGGGUACAUAAAAAAGGCAGCAGUGGACAAGGUCAACAUUGUUUGUCUACAAGAAGCCUGGAACAUGCCUUUUGCAUUCUGUACCAGGGAAAAAUUCCCAUGGGUUGAAUUCGCCGAAGACGCACUGACUGGUCCCAGCACCGUGUUAUUAUCCAAGCUUGCCAAGAUGCAUAAAAUGGUGAUAAUAUCCCCAAUUCUUGAACGAGACAGUGUUCAUGGUAAUAUUCUCUGGAAUACUGCUGUUGUAAUUGACACAGAUGGCCAAGUGCUUGGGAAACACAGGAAAAAUCACAUCCCAAGGGUUGGAGAUUUCAAUGAAUCCACGUACUACAUGGAGGGAGAUACUGGCCACCCAGUUUUUGAUACUCAAUUCGGAAAAAUUGCUAUUAACAUUUGCUAUGGACGUCAUCAUCCCCUGAAUUGGACGAUGUUUGGAAUUAAUGGAGCAGAGAUUGUAUUCAAUCCCUCGGCAACUGUGGGCACCUUAUCAGAGCCUCUCUGGUCGAUUGAAGCUCGCUGCGCUGCGAUAGCGAAUAGUUAUUUCACCUGCGCCAUAAAUCGUGUUGGAACUGAAAUAUUUCCCAAUGAAUUUACAUCGGGCGAUGGAAAACCCGCUCACAAGGACUUUGGACAUUUUUACGGAUCGAGUUACGUAACUGCACCCAAUGGGACUCGUACUCCAGGUUUAAGUCGUGAUAAGGAUGGCUUACUCGUCGUGGAGAUGGAUCUCAAUGCUUGUCGUCAAACGCAGGAUCACUGGGGUUUUCGAAUGACCCAGAGACUGGACAUGUAUGCCCAAGUUUUCGCCAAGGCUACCAGCCCCGACUUCAAGCCUCAGGUCAUAAAGAAAAAACCGGAGGAAUGAAAACACGAACAUUCAUCAAAAAUUAUGUUUAUAUUCAUUUCGUCUGUUUUUUGAUAUGAAGAAAUUGCAUUUCUGAUAAAAAAAGAUAUUUAUUUUAAUAUCAUUAACUACGAUGAUGAUAUUGUA